UAAAAACGAAUUCGCGCAAUUUUUAGAACGCUGUAGUUCUGACAUUAUUGAAUACGCAAAUCAACAAAAAAUUUAAUUUAAAUUCAUAGUGCCGUAUGCCAGCCACUUUGGUGGACUGUGGGAACGUGGAGUACAGUCGUGCAAGUACCACCUUCGCCGCGUGGUCGGUAACGCGCAUCUCACAUACGAAGAGUUCAGCACAGUAUUAGCACAAGUUGAAGCUGUCCUGAAUUCUCGUCCCCUCUCCCCAAUGUCUUCCGAUCCUAACGACUUCCUUCCUCUAAGUCCUGCUCAUUUUCUGGUUGGCCGUACGCUCACCGCACCUGCCUACGACAACCUGGUGGAGACGCCCAAGCAUAGACUCGAUCGGUACCACAGGGUGGAGCAAAUUCGACAACACUUUUGGAGACGCUGGUCGAAAGAAUACGUAUCCGAGCUGCAAACACGGACGAAGUGGAGACAAAACACGCAAGACCUCAAACCCAACACUAUGGUCAUCAUCAAAGAGGACAACUUCCCGCCGUUGAAAUGGCAUCUCGGACGAGUCAUCAGAAACAUACCUGGGAAGGAUGGACUCUCAAGAGUCGCGGAAAUACAAACUGCAUCCGGGCUUGUGAGGCGAGCUUAUGCAAAGAUCUGCCCAUUAGUCGACCCUGAUGAGGACAGUCUUGGAAGCCAAGAGCUCCAAGGCCGGGGGCAUGUUGCGGCGUCGUAGAUCGGAACGCUGACCGCGGGCGUGGGCCAACCUGAUUGGUCCACGUAGCUGUGUCGUCGACUUUUUCAAAACGUCAAUUCAAAUGGACAUUCGACAUUCGCUUUUCGUUUUAUAUAACAUCGUUGUUUUCAAAAUCGUAUAUUGU